AUUAAUUGACAAAGUACUUGAAAUUGAAAUUAUGUGUAAUUCGUGUGGAAAAAAGUUCGACCGUCUUCCUGGUAAUUUGCAGAAAAAAAAAUUUUUUUCUUUUCUCUAUUAUUAGGGUCUGUCUCCAAUAUGGUUGAUUGGAUAUAAUAUGGAGCAUAUAGAAAAUUUGAAAUUGUCUUCUUCAACAAUUGUAAAAAUAAAGAGUUGUGGAGAAUAGGCACAGCCGUCUCAUAAUUUAGUGAAGGCUAGUUUUCAAACACAAAGGCAUUUAUAUACAAAAACAAAAAAUGAAACUUGCAAGAAUUUUGAAAUGAUUUUAUAUAUAUAUGCGUGUGUGUGUGUGUGUGUAUGCGUAUUAUGUUUGCAUGUAUCCAAAAGGAAAAGAUCGCGACUUGGGGAAACGUGGCUUAGCUCGUACUUUAUUGAUUUUCCAGUUUUAUAUUUCAAAAUUAUAUUAAAAAAUCGUAUAUUUUGCUUACAAAUGACACAAAAUAUAACUGUUCGUUUCGCUUGUUAUAACUUGAUUCCUUUUGAGACGAGAAAUAUAGUAAAUAAAAACAAAAGACAACAGAGCUGAAGAUCAAGGAACCCUCUUCACAUCCUACAAUGAAGUUUUGUGCUAAAAUCGACGAUGGCCAGUACAUGAGAGAAUUUCAAAAUAUUGUCUUAACUUUAGCGAAACUAACCAAGGAGUGCGUUAUUAUUAUUAAAAAAGAUAAAGUGCAUUUUAUUGCCAAUGAAGAAUCAGGCGCAGCAGCACCUCUGGUAUGGGUGGAAAUUGAUGCGAAACUCUAUUUUACUAAUUAUAUUAUGGAAGGUCAUAGCGAUGAUAAUGGCUGUACCAUUGUGCUAGCAGUAUCACCGAUUCAUUUUAGCCGAGCUCUUAGCUCAUUCAAAUUGAAUGCUCGAAAUUGUAAAUUCAAACUAAUUCAUCUUCAGUUCCCCUGUCUACGAACUGAAACGGAAGUGUUAUCGCAAAGUUCCGGAGAACCUCGACAAAUUGUUCAUGAUGUUCCCGUAACAUUGAUACCGCGUAACGAAUGGGAUUAUUACGACUUGCCGCAAAUACCUCGAGCUAAAUUGAUAGUGAAAGUACGUUCGAAUAACUUACUACGUGGCCUCAUCGAUAAAUUGAAAAAUAUUUCACCUACUUUAAUAUUCGCAGCCAAUUCUUUGGGGGAUUUGAAUCUGGUGGCUAAAAAUGAAAUGGCCACGAUAACUACAUGUUUUAAAAACUUGGAAGUACAGACUCUAGAUGAUGAAAGUCAACAAGGAGAAAAUAUUAAAGUUGAAUGCUCGGUUGAUUGCAAGAAAACCUCGUUAUUUUUUACGGCUUUGCAAGUGCCCACUUCGGAAUUAUCCUGCGGUAUAGAUGACGAUCGUCUCAUUCAUAUGGAGAUAAAUGUCCGCGGAGGUGUUUCCGUACAUUCCAUAUUGCCAAGCGUUUGCGUUUGAAAAUCAUACAUUAUACAACAUCGAUCUGGCGAAAUGUACGAAAUGAUUUUUAAAAAGAGCAAAGAAAAAUAAAAAAAAAUUGUUUUAUAUCAAAAGUAAAGAAAAUAAAUAGGAAAAUUGUUGUACAAAAAACUUGUGAGAAUCCUUCCGUUUCUAUGACUCGAGGUUGAGCCAACCUAGCAUUUAAUCACUUCUGAUCUGUACUGUAGAGACUGAACAUAACCUCACUGUUAGAAAUUGAGUUUGCUUUAAGGCUCAGAGGAACAAUACCUCUCUUAGACUCAAAAUUAUAUCCAACAUACCCGCUUAAUACUCAUCAAUAAUAUGUUUUGAUAAAAGAAAGAUAUUUCAAUAGGCGUGGUCGAUUUUUUUCAUUAUUGCACUGAUGGUGACGGAUCAUCCAUACCAUAUAAAGGCAAAUUUUUAUGCAUGUAUCUGCUGUGAUUUAUAAGUAACAGAUGAAGAAUGAAAUUUUUUCUAUUUCUGAAAACUGAGUUGGUCUAAGAUCAUCUUGGGCUGUGGUCAUGUUCUUUGAUCCGUUAGGGUCGAUCUCAAGACCAGCCUUCAUAAAAAAGCUUGAAAUCUCUAUGCCACAUUUGGACUGGAUCGCUGAAAUUCUUAUUUUGCGCCCAAUAGAAUGUUUAACACGGACGGACAGAAAGAGAGAUUUAAAUCAGUUUGGAAUUUACAUACUAUGCUUCCUUCUGGUUGUUGCAAACAUUUUGACAAAAUGAAUAUAUUCUGUACCCCUCAUCCUUUCGGGAUGCGUACAGAAAAACAAAACAAAUGGUUAUGUGAAGAAUUUCAAAUCUUUAUGUCAAAUUUGAAUCCGAUCGGCGUAAUAUUGCGAUCUGCAGACUGUCUAUCACAGACGGACGGACAGGCUUAAAAUUUAUACACAUAAAAUUGAGCUCUGGUACUUUCUUCUGGAUGUUGUAAACAUUUCGAUAGAAUCUCAUUCAUCUCUUUCAUCCUACGAUGAUGGAUAUAAAAAAAAAAUGUAUCGCUUUUUUUUCAGAAUCUGAAGAAUCAAAGCCAGGAAACAAUUAUUUGUAGUCCCAAGUCCAAGUUAAACUCAAGAACUUAAAGUCAAGAAGUCUUGAAAUCGUUUUUAUAAAACUUUGCGGUAGAGCCUUGCAUUUUAAGUAACUGACCAUUAAAGAUAGAUUGUCUCCACAUAUGCGAUGUGAUGGAAGUUUUAAAUGAAGAAUUAAACAAGAGCAUUAGUGAUAAUAAGUAUUUAAAAAAGCAUUAAAAAUU